AUGGUACGACGAUGCCUGCGCCACACGCGUGCGCAGGCACGGGCAAGCAAAGCUUCACCAUCAUAUAUAUCCCCAGCGCACUGAGACCAUGUCACGAGCAGGGAAUCACAACAUGGCGCUGCGAUUGGAGCCGGCGGCGGCGGCGGCGGCGGUCGCCGACGUCGACGAGGACGAGCUGUUCGAGCUCGACAUCGCCCUCCUCGACGGCCGCGGUCACCACAGCAGCCGUUCUGCCGCCGUUGCUGGCGACGGCGACGAUGCAGCUGGUGGGCACGCCCUGCUGGCCAACUGCCUGCUGCCGGUGCGCUCGGUGAGCAACGCGGUGCCGGUCGCGGCCAGCAGCGUGCUGUCCUCGUCGUACCCCUACUCCGGCUACCACAGCUCGAGGAGGCUCAUCUUCGCAGGCGGCGGCGGCGGCGGCUGGAGGUUUCUUGGACGGUCGGCGGGGAGCUCGGCGAGGUUGUGCUUCUCCGGCAGAGGCUUCGAGACCAUGGGGAACUACUUCCAGAGAUACUGAUGAUUGAGCAAGAGUUGCUAUAUGGGCCCAGUGGCUUAAGCCCAGACUCUGCAUUUUCGGCCCAAUAUGAUCCAUCUCUGUACCCAUUUGUGGCCCGGUCGUAGCUAACUUCGUGUAAUGGAUUUUCUUAGACGAAAGGAAGUGUGUUCGUUCAAAAAACAAAAAGACGAAAGGAAGUAUAACUUUCACUCUUCGAGCUUUAUUAAACUCCUUUCUGUUUCA